AUGAGGAGAAAAAUCGUAUGGUGGGUACUACGUGGGCCGCUUUUGUUGGAAGUUGCAGAGGUAACAGCAACUACUUGAUUGCACUUAAUCCAAAACUCGAAGAUCAUCACGCAUAUCCUUGAAACAAAAAAUACAACAUUUGUGCAAAAUUGUGGAUACGACAAAAUCAUUUACCAGCUUAACAUCUCUUCUCCUGGAAUAUCAAUUUUUCUUUUUUGAGUAAUUUAUCUGCUUAAUUUGGGAGAAUUUUCGAAGAAUUUUGGUAGACGUAGUAAAAGUUUGUUUUUGGUUGGAACGAGAACGAAGAAGAUGUGGGGAUUUGGAGGAAGGUAUUACUGGGGGAGAAAAGAGCGAUGUGAGAAAGUUGAAGGAAUUGUUGUAGUGUUCGCAUGGAUGUCCAGCCAUGAAAGACACUUGAAGAGUUAUGUUCAGCUCUACACCUCUUUGGGAUGGAAUUCUCUCGUUUGCCACUCUCAAUUUCUCAAUAUGUUCUUCCCCGAGAAAGCAACACCGCUUGCCAUUGAUAUUUUAAAAGAGCUUGUAGUGGAACUAAAAAGUAAGCCACGCCCAGUAGUAUUUGCUUCUUUCUCUGGUGGUCCUAAAGCCUGUAUGGUCAAGGUUCUUCAGAUAAUUGAGGGAAUUUGUGAAACACAAUUGGAUCUGGAUGAUUACCGGCUAGUUAAAGACUGCAUUUGCGGCUACAUCUAUGAUUCAAGUCCAGUGGAUUUUACCAGUGAUCUAGGAACCAAAUUCAUUCUUCACCCAACUGUGAUGAAAAUGUCCAAACCACCAAGAGUAGUAUCUUGGUUAGCUCAUGGUAUUGCUUCUAGUCUUGAUGCUCUUUUUCUCAGUAGGUUUGAACAACAGCGUGCAGAUUACUGGCAGACUCUGUAUUCUACUGCUAACAUGAAGGUUCCAUAUCUUAUAUUAUGUUCAAAAAAUGAUGAUCUUGCUCCAUUCCAAAUUAUCCACAAUUUUGCUCAACGACUGCAAGAACUUGGGGCCGAUGUAAAUCUUGUAAAGUGGAAUGACUCACCUCAUGUGGGCCACUAUAGGAAUUACAAAAUUCAGUACGAGGCUGCAGUGACAGAGCUCCUCCGUAAAUCAGCAGGAAUCUAUUCUCAAAGAAUAAAACGGCUUGAAGGAGAAAAAUUAGGCAAUGUAGAGGUAACGCAUGACGAGACAGUAGAGCCAAUUCCUACUUUAACAAAAACAGCAGCGAGCUCAAAUAGUUUCCAGGGGAUUUCUCUGGCUGCAGGUGACAAUCUCUACUUGCCUAGCUCAGUGGAGUACUACGAAGGCAGAGAUGUCGGGUCCAUGCAAGAUGAACAUAGACAAGAAGGUCUGAUCCACCUUCCUAAUCCACCAACAAGCAUUAACGUUCAUGGCGUCCUUGGCCAAAUCUUGUUUGACGUUUGUGUCCCCAACAACAUUGAAGGUUGGGAUAUCCGUUCAUCAGAUUCCAUUAGCCGACGGAGGCAUAAUCAGUUUAACCCAAUCAAAUGCAUACGUCGCUCCAGAUUGUGAACUAUAUGUAGCUGGUGAGAAUCUUUAUAUAUGGAUCUGCGUAAAUUACCUUCAAACUGAAGAGAGGAAAAACAUGUAAAGAAAAAGAGAACUCUGAAAUUUUAUAUUGUUAAACUACUUUGACUUGUCUUCCGUAAAAAUUAUACUGUAGAGUGAAGGAAUGAGGUAAGUUUUGCUGGCUAUGAGAAUAAGGGGAUCUUAUAUUUUACUUUACUUUGUAUAUACGUACAUACAUACUUUAGUGGGUUUUUUUAUACUAUAAAUAUUUUUAUAUAUUCGAUAAA